UCCUCCCCCAUUUCCUCCUGACCGUUCUGACCACGCCCCCUCUGCUUUUGGUUUCCGGGUCGGUCGCCCCACGCGCGGCCCCCGGGCCGUAAAGUGAGGCCAGCGGGGAGCGAGGGGCAGCGUCCGGGAUGCUGGAGGAGCUGCAGGAGAUGCCAGGGGCCGGGCAGGGGGCAGAGGAGGAAGGAAGCCCCCCAGGGGCCCGGCAGGGGGCAGAGGAGGAAGGAAGCCCCCCAGGGGCCCGGCAGGGGGCAGAGGAGGAAGGAAGCCCCCCAGGGGCCCGGCAGGGGGCGGGUGAGGAGGGGAGCCCCCCACCUAGCGCCCCCGACCCCCCCCAGGGGAAGAAGAUCGUGCCAGGCAUCGUGUACCUAGGGCACAUCCCGCCCCGCUUCCGGCCCCGGCACGUCCGAAACCUGCUCAGCGUCCAUGGGGAGGUCGGGCGCAUCUUCCUGCAGCCCGAGGAGCGGUUCGUCCGGCAGAGGAAGAAGAAAGCUGGCGCCAAGGCCAAGAACUACACGGAGGGCUGGGUGGAGUUCAGGGACAAGCGCGUGGCGAAGCUCGUGGCCGCCAGUCUGCACAACACGCCCAUGGGCACCCGCCGGCGCAGCCGCUUCCACUACGACCUGUGGAACAUCAAGUACCUGCACCGGUUCAAGUGGCCGCACCUGAGCGAGCGGCUGGCCUACGAGCGGCAGGUCCGGCAGCAGCGUCUGCGGGCCGAGAUCUCCCAGGCCAAGCGCGAGACCAGCUUCUACCUGCGCAGUGUGGAGACCAGCCAGCGCUUCGCCCGCCGGGCCGCCACCGCCCCCGCCCCCGCCGGCGGGGAGAAGAGCUGGGGCUUCGUCCAGCGCCCCACGGAGGAGGAGAUCCAGAGGCGCAAGGCGGGCGCGGGCGGGUGCCGGCUCCGUGGGCAGCUGGCCAAGGCCCGGGAGAUCCAGCUGAAAUCCCAGACCAGCCGCUCCUUGCUGGCCAAAAUCUUCAACGCCACGGACGCUGCCUCGGAGAAGGCACCGGGGGGGCCGGAUCUGUAGUCGGGUGCCCCAUCUGAUCACCCCCCAGCCCGCUUCCUCCUGCCCCUCGGCUCUGGGGCGACAGGAGUUUGCCCCCCAGUAGCGGCUCGUUCCCCCCCAGCAGGGCUCUGAAGACCAAGUUGUUGCCUCGAUGGACCCCCAGUGUCUCGACUCAGCACCGUCCCUGCCGCGGCCACGCUCAGCCGCUGGUUUCCCGCGGAGCCGCUCGGACCGUCAGGCUGGCCUUGCUCCCGGCACCUUGUCUGUCCUGAAGACGAGACCGUGACUUGCUACAAAGGGGCUUUUCGUUUGCCCGCAGGGCCGGCCUGGUCGCCCGCUGCCCCGGCCCCCUCGGGCUCCGUCCCCGUGCGUUUGAUACCAGCUGUGACCCGAGGGCUCCCCGGUCCCUCUGGCUGAGCGCGAUUAAAAAACCCGAGUGACUGAAAA